AUGGCUAUGGCUACCCCCACAUUAUCCAGCAUGAUCGAUCCGACAAAGCAGGCCGAAUACCCCAUUGUGUUGGGUGAGAGGCUUGCUCAGAACCCGGAUACAACCCGACUCAUCAACAUCAACUACAACCACAAAUCCAAGUCCGCCACCGCCCAACAACGGUCGACCAUCACCCCCUCACGAUCCACCGAGACCGACCUCUACGACCUCGCUGUGACUGAUAAGGCUCCGAACGCCGACCAUACAUUGUCCUAUGCAUACCAAGGGAGCGAGGACCCGUCGGGUGAGCGAAGCCUGGUUCUGAUCUUCGACCCGGAACGAAAAGUCUUCGUUUUGGAGCCAGUCUCGACAACCUUGAACUUUAAUCUACGGUCGGCUCCUGGAAAAACAGAAAAACAGGUCCGCGAGCAAUACGAACAACUGCAAAUAAAAGAUGAGGAGGAACCAGCAACCUCGGGAGAAGACCGACAGACAGGGAGCACCAGCGAAGACGAGGGACCGGCCGAUGAGAGCAAUCCUUACGACUAUCGCCAUUUCCUCCCCAAGAACCGCCCGCAGGAGGAAAAGCCAAGCUCGGGACACAGCACCCCAGAACCUAUCACGAGCAGGGCUAAUACACCCUUGAUAUCGGCUGCCAAACCCGCACCCAAACCUGUGCCUCGCCCUAAACCACAAGCAAACCCGUUGCGACAGAAGAGGCCGCCAGCGAAACAACCUGCCAAGGCGCAACCGGUCGCAAAGCCAAGCGAGCCUGUCACUUAUCUGGACCCACCUGAGCUUGAGGAUGUCCGGUCGUCGCCGUCCGACCCAGGGACAGGAUCGCAACACACCGGACAGUCCCCGAGCUCGAACAUCAUUGUCGAUGGGGAUCUCAUCAUCGAUAUGGGAUCCCCACCGCCAUCGCGCUCAUUUGUGGUCAACCCGGCCUACUUCUCGUCCAACAAUACCCCAGCAGACGACGAUGGAGAUGAAGAUAUAGGAGAGUUCAGUUUACCCUCCCCGGCUGGCAAUGCGGCUCCGCCUACCUCAUCAGCACAUGCAGGUACAGCUGCCCAAGAGGACGAAAUGGAAGACGACGAUGCCUUGGCGGCAGAGAUGGAGGCCGCGUUCGAGCAGAGUGCUCGUGAAGAGGAGGCUCGGAGUCACCAUUACAUUCAACCCACAACCAGACAAUAUGUGCCCAGUGAUGAUGAGAGUGAGGUCAGUGAGGAGGAGUAA